GUUCCCCAGUGACGCGCACGGCGGCCGCCCGAGCUGCCGGUGUCGGCUAGAGCGCUGCCGAACAGCGCCGGUCGCACGGGUGAGCUCCGGCAACGCAGGAGCGGGUCGAGACGGUGGACAGCGCGCAAGACAUCGACGGUAGCUCCGUGAGCUUCUCCCUACUGUGCGAAUCGUGCUGUGUGAACUACGUGAACAAUUACGAACUAGUGAGCGAACUACCCUGCACUAGUGAUCGAGCUAGUGACAGCGACAGCAGCGCGAUCCGACUAGUGAUCGAACUUGUACCCGACCUAGCAGUGAAGCUAGAGAUCGUCACAUUCCGAGUUGGUGCCGAAACUGGUGGCUAGAUCACUGAAAAUAUUCCCGUGAGACAGAGCUGGGCUCAGAGUCUGAUCCCUCUUCUGAGCCAGGGAUUUGCUUACUAAUAUUGUGGUACGUGAUUCACCGCCCUUCAUUUGCUGCAAGGCACUGGAGAUUUACACCCUAAAUGAUCGCUCAAGUCUGAAGAGUAACCUUCAACAUGAAGAAGGCUUUCUCAAACUUGUUCGGAGGAAAACGGGAGAAGGAGAAAGAUAAGGCGAGCGAUGCUGUCGAGGAGCGCCUGCAGACGGGGACGUCAGCCGGGGAGGCCGGGACAGCCGCCACCCUGGUCCGCACCCAGCAGACAGCAAAGGAGGUGGAGGUCAAACAACACAAACAAAAGGACAAACACGGCAAACAGCACAAACAGAAGGCGGGUAGUGGGAAGAGCAGAGACAGUCAGCCGCAGACGAAGGGGGAGAAGCAGUGGAGGGUGUCGGGGGUCCCUGAGGAAGCUGCUAGCCUACAGCUGCAGGCACAGAAUAGCUGCGAGUCUGACCGUUCCGGGACACUGCGGGCCGAGCCGCUACUGCUGUCCCCUGGACCACCCGGCGACCUCGGCGAGAAGAGCAAACAACAACAGCCGGCAGCGCCGAGUCAGAGUCCAGAGUCAACCGCCGAGUGCCAGCAUCUUCAGCAGAAGAUCGCCUCGCUGCAGGGUCACAUUCUGGAGCUGGAGUCGGCGCUGGAGUCGGCUGGAGUCCCUCCGUCCCCGAGCCCUCCCGGAUCGGAGUCGGGAGGCAUCCAGCGGGUCUCCGGGGGUGACAGCAAGGCACGGCCGGCCGACCGGCUGCCGUCAGUGACUCAGUCCUGUCAGACAGAGCCGGCGGUAGGUGAAGGUGGAGAGAAGUGCCCCACGUGUGGACGAGUGCCGGAGGUCGCAGAGCGAGGUGACAGUGCCGAGACGGGUGUUCAGACAGACGCCGGUGGUGAGCGGCUACAGUGCGCGGCGUGUGGUAGUGCCAUGGCCGUCGGACGGGUGGCCGAUGAAGGUGCUGACGUUCAGGAGAGUGGUGCGAACGCGGCCGUGAUGGCGAGCGGUGACAAAGCAGAGCCCGGGAGCAGGCUGGGUGUCUGUGAGGAGACAGAUCUGGCGACUCCUCCCGGUAGUGCAGAGACCAGUCCCGAGCCAGGAGACCUCAGCAGCGAGGUAGCUCGGCUCGCCAGCGUCCAACAACACCUCCAGCAGUCACCUUCUCCUCCGGCGAAACAGCCGUCACCUGCGUCUAAGACCUCCGCCGCCUCUCCACCUGCGCUGGCCUCCGCCGAGGUUCAGACCGAGUGCUCUCACGACCAGCUCACGCGCGAGCUGCAGGAGCUCACCGACAAGUACGACCAGCUGAAGAAGAGCUGCGACGCUCUGGAGGAGCAAAAGAACGAGCUCGAGGAGGCGGAGAAUGACGCGCGCCUGAUGGUGCAGCGUCAGGAGGUCCAGAUCUUCACCGCCGGCGAGGUGGAGCGGAUGCUGAGCUCCGAGCUGGCCGAGGAGCAGGAGCGCUGCUCGCAGCUCCAGCGGCAGCUGAACAGCGUCCGUCUGAAGCACCAGGCGGCGCUGAGGGCCCGUCAGGCCGACUCGGAGAGCUCCGGAUCCCAGAACGCCCAGCUCGUCCACCGACUGCAGACAGAGGUGGAGGAGCUGAAGCGGGAGCUAGAGCAGGAGCGCGGCCACGCCAGCGUCGAGAAGCGGCCAGAGAAUGUGUCCGUCGUGGUGGUGGACGCCGGAGCGCGCCUGCCCGCCGAGGGAGAGUCGCCGUCGACCGUCAGUCCGGAGCCCAGCGCCGGCGAGGACCGGGUUCGCGAGGAGUGUGUGUCACCUCUGACGGCAGUCUCGCACACCGAGAAGUCCUCCACGUUCAGCGACAGCGGCGUCGGCGAGGACAUGUCGCAUGCGUCUGACGUGACGGCCAUCUCCCCGGCACCUCCGUCACCGCACGCGCUGUCCGACACCGGACGCACCCGUGUCCCCAGCGACACGAGACCCGAGAGCCGACUCUCAUCGACCGACGAACCUGUGCGGUGCAGUCAGUGUAGCCGGGAGAUGAGUCGCGAAGUGCUCCGGGAGCUCGGCGGUCUGUCAACCACAGCUUCGGCCGGUAACUCGCUGCUGACCAUCGCUGGUGCCGACCAGGAGCGCUACCUCGCCGCAGCGCUCCAGCUGCUCGAGGCCCAGCAGGGCGGAGUUCCCGGUGAGGGACACGCAGCCUCUCGACGUGACUCCCACGCCGAAGACGACUCUCAUCAUGAUGAAUCUCUGACGCGUCAGGUGGCACUGCUGCAAACGGAACUCGGUGCUCAGCUAGGUUCCUUCGAGGAGACGCGUCAGACGCUGGUGCGACAGCACGAGCGACAGCUGCAGACACUGCGGAGUGAACAGAGCGAGCUUCAGCGGCAGCUGGCGGCUGCGCGGCAUCUGCAGGACGAACUCAGUGCCGAGUUCGAGCUCAACAGCACCGGAACUGACGAGACAGUUGCUGAGUCUGGCCCGGCGCUGCUUCGGGCCGUCAGAGAGACCCGGCAUCGCGAGCAGCAGCUGGCCGCGCACUGCGCAGACCUGGAGAAAAAGGAGGGCGCCUACCGCGAGACCCUGGAGGAGGCCGACCGAAUCAUGCACAGCGUCGAAAUGCGCUACCAGAAGAACAUCGAGGAACUGGAGAACCAGCUACGAGAGAGCAAGAACCGCAUCAACUUCAUGGAGGGUACAGAAGAGAAGCUGAAGCAGGCGCUGUACACCGGGUCAGGCAAACGGGACCAGCAGAGGGUGGCCGAGCUGCUGGACAAGCUCAUCGAGACCGAAAACGAAGACCUCAAGCUCAAGGAUAAGGUGUACCGUCUGGAGCGGCGGGAGCGUGAGCAGAGCAUCAAGCUGCGCGAGGAGCAGCGCGCCGCCGAACAGCUGCGCAUCGAGCUGCGCGACCAGGAGGAGCUGCUGCGCGAGCUGGACUCGGCGCGCAGCCAGCUGGCGGCAGCCGCCGAGCAGCCGGCUGCGCUCGCGGCGCUGCAGCAGCGCGUCACUGAGCUGCAGCGCAGCGAACAGCGGCUGCGCGCUCGAGUGGAGGAGCUGGAACAAGCCGAGCAGGCGCUCAACGAGCAGCUCAGCGACGGCAGGGAGCAGUUUGCACUCAAGGAGCGCCGCCUGGGCGAGCAGGUGGACUGCCGGCAGCGCGAGCUCGAGUCGCUGCAGGCCGUGCUGGUCGAGAUGCAGCUCCAGGAGGUGGCCGGUACCGAAGAGCGCGCGCAGCUGCGCCGCGAGCUGCAGCAGGCGCUGCGCCAGCACGAGCAGCUCCAGCAGGAGCUGCAGCACGGCGGCGCGGCGCCCGCUGACGGUGCCGGCAACUUCGGACCGGCCGAUGAACAGCGCAGCGCAGAGGUGGGAAAGCUGCGGACCCAGCUAUCUCAGGCCAAUCUGCAGAUUAACGAGAACGAGGCGAUGUCGUGCCAGCUGAGGGAGCAGCUCGACAAGCUUCAGAGUGAUCACGCGGAGCUGCGCCAGGCGGCUGAGUGUCAGCGCACGCGCGCCGAACAGGACAUUCUGCAGCUGAAUCUCGAGCUGAGCCGCCGAGAGGAGGAGAUCGCCGCACUAUCCGCCCAGCUCCGAGAGCUCAACAAGACCCAGAUGACGCGGGAGAUGGACGCGCUCGCCGAACAGGAGGGCAACCUGGUCAAACUGCUGGCGCUCGUCAAGGCCACCGAUGAGAAAAUCAAGAGCUGCGACUCGUGCCGCCGCUCGGCGGACGGCGUGCUGGCCGCUGUGAUGAUCAGUCUGGAGCAGGUGAUUCUGCUCAUCAGCGGAGCCUCGGCCGACCAGUCCCUACAGGCGCAGCUCAGAGACGCCGAAGCGCUGGCAGCGGCCACGGCUCGUCUCUCGGCGCCGCUGCCAGGUGUCAGCACCGGCGUCCAGACGGCGCCACUGUCGCCGUCAGCAGCAGCCGCCGCGCAAUUACCGGAGCUACAGGAGACGCUGGAGCUGAACCAGCAGCAGCUCGAGCUCAGCAAACAGGAGCUGGAGCUGAAGACGGAGGAGCUGGAGGCGCGCGGCUGCGAGCUGCGUCUGCUGCGGGAGCAGCUGGCGCAGCAGCAGCGGCAGCUGCGCCGCCGGCUGGCGCAGCAGGCGGCCCAGGGCGGCGCCGUGGCUGAGGCCAAGGACCGACUGCUGGGCGCGCUGCUGCGCCGGCUGCGGCGCGUGCUGACGCCCCAACAGGCGGCGCGGCUGGCCGCCGAGCUGCGAGAGGCGGGCGAUGGGGAGGCGGACCGGCAGAGCUUCGACCUGGACGUGGUGUGUCAAGUGCUGCAGCAGACCACUCGGACUGAACCGACUCGCGGUAAGACCCCUCCAGUGGAAAAGUCAUCAGAACGAUCAUUAGAAUCUCUGGAGAACUCUCCAAACUCCAAAGCUUCGUCUCGUAUUCCUCGGCUGUUCAACAAACCAAACGAGACUAGCCCGUCGGAAAACUCAGCAUCAAGAAAGAGGUCUCCGCCGUCCAAGGUACCGCUGCCCCGGCGAGCCACCCCGGGCCGGUCCUCGGGCCCUCCGGUGCUGCCACCUGUCGGCGUGGCGCGGCCCUACCGCUCGGCCUCCUCGCCCGGUCUCGGCCCGGUGGCGCCACCUACCCCCUCCCAGCGGGAGUGGUCCCCGGCGCCGUCCCUGACCCGGGAGUGCUCGCCGGCGCCAGCCCGGGAGAGCUCUCCGGCAACUAGCUCGGCGAGGGAGUGGUCGCCGGCGCCUCGCCCCCACCGGCCGCCCAGUCCGGACGGCCUGCUGCCUCCGCCCGACGGAUUCCAGAUAGUGCGAGCCGUCGGCGGUGACAGUCUUCUUCUGUACUGGAGCCCCGUGGAGGACCCGCGCAUCACCGGCUACCAGAUUUUCGUCGACAGCCAGCUGCAGCUGUCGAUCCGCAACCCGCAGCGGACAAAGGCGCUGCUGCCUGCUCUGGACCUCAGUUCGACACUGAGACUGGGUAUCCGCGCCGUGGCGGCGGGAGAGACGUACUCAGCACUCGCAUGUGCCGAUCACAGGCCUGGCAAACUGGCGGCUGCUGCCUGAGGGGUCUCUGUGAGUGAACAGGGGCAGCCACAGGUGGACAAAGGCAGCCUCAGGCCGCAGAUCGGCUCCUGUGGAGUCCGACUGCGGCUGUGAGUGUGAACGCGCCACUGUGGGUUUGUGUGACCGUACCGUUUGAGGCGAGAGGCUGGGUUACGUCGAUUGUUGUGGCUUGGAAAGUUUUACUGAGAAGAUACGAGUACAGACUAGCAAUGUGACACCCGUUCGUUGUGUCGUUUUGGGUGCAAGACUGGGGAGCGUUCCAGCCUCGUAUGUGAAAUAAAGUAACAAUCACGGCGUUCUACUUGCGCAUGACAUGUGAACAAUUCCGUCCAAACGUUUGUGAUGUUCUAGGAGACCAAGUGCCGCUUAAUGCUUGACCGAUGCCUGAAUGUUGCAGUCUUGAAUAUUUCAACGUGAAAUCUGACAUUAACUCCAAAACCUAACGUGUAUGGACUGAAUAUGAAUCUAAUAAUUUCGGAUAUAAGCUAAGCGUGACUGACAAUUGGUGCUUUCGCAUGACUAAGUGACGUUUGUGCUGUAUAAUAUUGUUUAUAUUGUCACAAAUCUUGUAUGGAAACUAAUAAAUACGUGUGUGUUGAA